CAAAUCUUCUCUUCUCCUUCACUUGAAAUCUUUCCUCUUUUGAACUUUUACUCUCUUAAUCCUUCUCAUUACUCCUUCCACUCCCUUGAAGCCAUUUCAUAACCUUAAAGAGCAUAAACAGUUCCCUUUUUUCUUUUAAAAAAUCUGUGCGUUCCACUAUCGUUUAUAUAUUAUAAGAAAUGGCAUCAAGCUCAAUGACCUCUCGUGGUUCUGGUUCCUGGACUGCACAGCAGAACAAAGCCUUCGAAAGGGCUUUGGCUGUGUAUGAUAAGGACACCCCUGACCGUUGGGCCAAUGUCGCCAGAGCAGUUGGUGGCAAAACUGCUGAAGAAGUGAAAAGGCACUAUGAGCUUCUUGUUCAUGAUGUCAAGUAUAUUGAAUCUGGCCAAGUUCCCUUCCCCAAUUACAGGACCACCGGUACCAGAGGAUGAAAAAUAUGAAGCUGCUGUGAGCUAGAGGAGAGCUGAAGAAUCAUCAACAGCAAUCAAGAAGUUCACUUUACUCUAUUUUCCAUGAUUUUAUUUGAAGCCGUGCUUGUUUAGUAUAUGUUUUAUUAGUAAACCUACUUCAAGAAUCUUCUAUGCAGAUUCUACAAGUCUUUUUAUUAAUUUCUGUCUUUUCCUUAUAUAUAUAUGUGUGUGUGUAUUAGAAGAAGGAAGGCACUUUGAAUCCUGUGAUUCUUGUAUUCUCAUGUGCUUUUCACUGUAUAAGCAUGCAUAAUAAAUAUUUUGUUUAAUUAUUA